AAACUAAAUGUAAACAGGCCCGGAGAGUUUCGGGUCCGUACACCCACAUUUUUUUGCUUUUUGCAUAGUAAAAUAUCAGAGCUAGUGCUCUCUUUUUGUAACCGGAUACAGUUCUCAUUGUUUCUAUCCGCCAUGAAAUGACAAGGUAUUUCUGUUUCGCAACUAUUUCGCGCAUAUCUUCACUACAACUGCCUAGUGGUUAUGCGCUGGGUCUAGCGGAAGCCCACCUAUUAACGCAGCGUCUUCCGCGUUCGGUGCAAAGCCCUGAUGUGGGCAACACAGAAAGGUACGAUUAUCGCUGAGGCUACUGGUUGUGCUAAAAACGUUUUUUUUCCCAUCAGUAAAUAGCAGGAUUAUCAGUUCCGGCCACUUUUUUUUUUUUUAUUAAAACAUGUCUUGCUAUAUUCGGUCGCCGACUCUUGCGCUUUAUAUGGGAUUAACAAUACUUGGGAUUAUCCUUGCCUUUGGCUUGUAUGCUACAAAUCUGAGAUGUUCCAUCUCAAACAUCCAACCCACUUCUCAUGGAAAGACUUGGUGGACCCAGAGGGAAGACCUCUCCAGAAAGAGGAGCUGGAAUGUUGAGUCUCCUGAGAGGUUACUAUACAAACAGCCCAGUGCGACAAGGGGGGGCUCUGAUGUCAUGGCCGUAACCCCCUGGUUGGCACCCAUCAUCUGGGAAGAAACCUUUAACCCUGAGCUGGUUGAUGCCAUAUACAAGCCGAUGAAUCUCACCAUCGCAACCACUGUGUUUGCUGUUGGAAAGUAUAUCAGGUUUCUGGGUGAAUUCUUGGAAACGGCAGAGAAGCACUUUAUGGUUGACUUCAAAGUGCACUAUCACAUUUUCACUGACCAGCCGCAAGAAGUGCCAGCAGUGAAUCUGGCUGCUGGAAGAAAAAUCUUUGUCCAUCAGGUGCCGAAGUUAGACCGCUGGCAGGACAUCUCUGCUUCGAGGAUGCAGAUGAUCCAGACCAUCAUUGAGGAGCAGGUUCACCGAGAGGCAGAUUACAUCUACUGCCAGGACGUCGAUGCAAAAUUCCACUUCCGCUGGGGUGCAGAGACACUGGAUCGGCUGGUGGGCCAAAUACACCCUUGGUACUAUGAUUUGAGUCGCGACCAGUUCACUUACGAACGGCGUCCUGAGUCUACGGCCUACAUUCCCUCAGGGGUAGGAGACUUCUAUUAUAUUGGAGCCAUGUUUGGGGGCACAGUUGAGGAUGUCUAUAGACUGGUUAAAAAGUGUCAUGAAAAUAUAGAAGCAGACAAAGCAAAGGGAAUAGAGGCAGCCUGGCAGGAAGAGAGUCACCUAAACUGGUACCUGCUUCACAAUAAACCGUCUAAGGUUCUGUCGCCGGAGUACAUGUGGGAUGACCAGAGGGGCAAAACAGAGGUUAUGAGAGUCAUUCGACUUUCACAAAUCCUUAAGAACUAUGGAGAAGUAAGAGAAAAUGUGUAAUGCUCACACUACUGAAGACACAUCGUAGACUCAAAUGUGGGUUAUCUUUACUGUGGGCACUACUAGGGCAUUACAACAUUGUCUAUCGUCUCCAGAAAGUUAGGCAAUUGAUGGUAAUUUAUGUAAUAAUUAGGGUUAGAUAAUUAUUUGACGGUACAUGUAUUGACAUUUUUGUAAUAAUAUAUGAUUUCUAAAGUUUAAAAUUAGUGGUGAGCUAAUAUGGAAUUUUUGACAAAUACAAUAUAUUUUUGUUAUUGUACAGAUGACCGGAUAACCUCUGAGCUGGGGGGGCAGCACACGUCAGUGCAAUGAUGUUUUUUAUUUCCAUUAAUUAAUGUUAGUCUUAUUUUUUAUUAUGUGUAAAACAAAAGACCAAUUUAAUAAGAAAUUAAAACAAGUCGCAGGCUGGGACCAGAAUUGCCAUCCAGCCUGUAUUUAACGGGUCUUGUAUUGUAAAAUAAAAUUCUGCAUUCCGUUUUGAACCAAAAUGGCCGGUGAUCCAAGGCAAUGUGAUUACAGUGUUGGUGCCAGAGCAUUGGGUUAGCAUAUGAUCCAUGUCCUUGAUGGGCAGCAUGUCAGAAAGCUCAUUUGGAGGCACAUGGCCCAUGAACCUAUUUCUUACAGAUGGAGGAAUAUUUCAGUUUAACACAGUGGACAGAGAUCAUGGUGUCCUUGUUGACUCAGAUCUACAUUUUGAUGCUUAUCUAACAACAAUAAAUAUAACUACCAUCUAUGGAACACUGUGGGCAGUGGUGGCUUAAUGGUUAGGGACGUGCACUUGUAAUUGAAAGAUUGCAGGUUUGAAUCCCUGACCAGCAAGGUACUUCCCCCAAGCACUGCUCCCCGGGUGCUGAAUUAGCUGUCCCCUGCUAUGUCACAUAUGGACAUUGUGGUGUGUCAACAAUGACAAUUAAUCACUAAAUUCUAACACAGGUGAGCUUUGGAAGAUGCUCUCCUUCCGUAAUGCAGAGGCACUAAUACGUGCCUUUAUACCUGGGCUAUUGUAAUGCCCUCCUUUCUGGUAAAUGCAGCUGGUAUCUUACAAACAAUAAAAGUCCUGUUCUAUGCUUCCUUCCCUGGCUUCCAGUUAAGUCUUAAACUGAUUACAAGAUACUACAACUCAAGAUGGUGAGUCAAAGUGAUGGACUCUAGCUAACUGCUCACCGCAGCCAGGCCUAUAGUGUGUGUCAUGUAUGAUAUCCAUUACAUCAAAAAAUUUGUAUUCAGGUUUGAUAUUUUUAUACUGAAUUGUGUUGUUGCCAUAUGGUUUUCAGUCUCUAAAGUGUGGUUUAUCGAUUACUUGCUUUUGUCUGAUAAAUUGAUUUAUUGGAUUGCUUUAUUACUUGUUUUAUUGAUUAAUUGCUAUAUGAAUUAAUUGCUGUAUUGCAUUGGACCUGUAAAUACUGUAUUUAUACAAUCAGUAUAACAGUAAAUCUGUUAUAAUUGGUGUUUUGUUUAUGGUUUGUUUUACUUUGGUUGUGGUUUAUUUUCAUUUUCUAUUCAUGCACUUUAAAUAAAUGACACACUUUGCAUUUUG